AUGGGCGAGUGCGGAGCUCCCGGGGACGUCAAUUCCAACGUGCUGGUCGCCCGCAGCACCGGCGACGCGCAGCUCGACAAGGCGGUGUGGCAGUGGCUGAGCUGGGACAAGAACCAAAAAACAAAAGAACAGAUUGAAAGCUUGUUACAGAAUGGAAAGCAUAAAGAGUUACGGGAUCGUCUCUGCUGCAGGCUGACCUUUGGGACCGCCGGGCUGCGCUCUGCUAUGGGAGCAGGCUUUUGCUACAUUAAUGAUCUUACAGUGAUCCAGUCAACACAGGGGAUCUACAAGUAUCUUGAGAGGUGUUUUUCAGACUUUAAGCAGAGAGGCUUUGUUGUUGGAUAUGACACACGAGGUCAGGUGACCAGCAACUGCAGCAGUAAGAAACUUGCAAAGCUCACUGCAGCAGUCCUACUGGCUAAAGAUGUACCUGUGUACUUCUUUUCCACCUAUGUCCCUACGCCGUUUGUGCCCUAUGCUGUUCAAGAGCUCAAAGCGGUGGCUGGUGUGAUGAUCACAGCGUCCCACAACCGGAAGGAGGACAACGGAUACAAGGUUUAUUGGGAAAACGGAGCACAGAUCACCUCUCCUCACGAUAAGGAAAUCAUAAAAUGUAUAGAAGAGUGCGUUGAACCAUGGAAUGGCUCUUGGAAUGAGAAUCUAGUAGACACCAGUCCCCUUAGACAGGAUCCUCUGAAGAAAAUUUGUGACUGUUACAUGGAGGAUCUGAAAAAGAUCUGUUAUCAUAGGGAGCUAAACGUGCAAACAAAUUUGAAGUUUGUUCAUACCUCUUUUCAUGGCGUUGGACACGACUACGUGCAGUUGGCUUUCAAAGCAUUUGGCUUUCAGCCCCCCAUUCCAGUACCUGAACAAAAAGAUCCAGAUCCAGACUUCUCUACUGUCAAAUGCCCAAAUCCUGAAGAAGGAGAAUCUGUGCUGGAGUUGUCACUGAGGCUUGCAGAGAAAGAAAACGCUAAAGUAGUAGUGGCCACUGAUCCAGACGCAGAUAGACUAGCAGUGGCAGAGCGGCAGGAAAACGGCUGCUGGAAGGUGUUCACUGGCAAUGAGCUAGCAGCUUUGUUUGGGUGGUGGAUGUUCUCUUGCUGGAAGGAAAACUGCUCCGAAGAUGCUGAUGUGAAGAAUGUUUACAUGUUAGCGACCACAGUCUCCUCGAAAAUUUUGAGGGCAAUUGCACUUAAAGAGGGAUUUCACUUUGAAGAAACACUCCCUGGUUUUAAAUGGAUUGGAAGCAGAGUAAAAGAUCUCCUAGAUAAUGGAAAAGAAGUUCUCUUUGCAUUUGAAGAGUCUAUUGGCUUCAUGUGUGGCACAUCAGUCUUGGAUAAAGAUGGCGUAAGCGCAGCUGUGGUCAUAGCUGAAAUGGCAACCUACCUGGAGGUCAAGAACCUAACACUAGCACAGAAACUCAUUGAGAUAUAUGAAACGUAUGGAUAUCACAUAUCAAAGACUUCCUAUUUCUUGUGCUAUGAUCCUCCUACCAUCAAAAGGAUAUUUGAGAGACUUCGGAACUUCGAUUCCCCUCAGUCUUAUCCAAAAUUUUGUGGUAUUUACAAUAUAUUACAUGUACGAGAUAUUACCACUGGCUACGAUAGCAGCCAGCCGAAUAAGAAAUCGGUGCUGCCAGUGAGUAAAAGCAGUCAGAUGAUCACUUUCACCUUUCAAAAUGGUUGUGUUGCCACCCUUCGGACAAGUGGAACAGAACCAAAAAUCAAGUACUACGCAGAGAUGUGCGCGCUGCCCGAACAGAGUGACAGAACCGUGCUGGAAGAAGAACUUCAGAAGCUUAUUGAAGCUUUGAUUGAGAAGUUUCUGGAACCUGAUAAGAACGGACUGAUCUGGCGCUCUGCUUAG